AUGUUUAUGAAACAAAUCACUGAAGUCAAGGUUGCAUUGGCACCCUUUAACAUUGCUUCUAAAUCUUCAAGAUUAUUCUUGAAUCAUAUCAACACAAAUGCUGCACGUAAAGUAAACCCAAGCAUCAAGAUAUCUACUGAUAUCCUGAAUGAUCCCAAAGCAACCUCUCACAUUCAAGUGGUCUAUCGUGAUGGUCAAAAACUUGCUUUUGAUGCUGACAAGUUAAAGAUCAACAACAUCAUUCAAGUUGUCAACAAGCAUGCAAAGAAAUUGGAAGAAAUCGAACAAGCUAAUUCUUGGUAG